AUGUCUGUUAGGACGAGGUUAUUAGUUGCUGUCGAAGUUAUAUUGAGGGUGCCUCCAUUGUUUGUUAUUGAUGAAUUAUUACCCUCUGGUUUUGAUUUUCCACAGCAAACAGAUUCUGCAGCCUCAUUAGAAAAUAGUAAUUCGACAUUACACGAUUUAUCGUUUGGGGGUAGCGCGUCUUAUGAUGCCCAAUUUUACAAAUUUUUAAUUUUAGCUAUUGUAAAAUUUUUCUUGUCAUGCUUGGGAUGUGUGGCAGCUUUAUCUGUUUUCCUACUUUCUAUUGGGCAACUUUUUACAGUAUACAUGUACUUAAUCUCUGUAGGAAUAAUAUUUGUUUCCUAUUGGGCUAAUGUUUUUACUGUGAAAGCGAUUACACUGGAUACUGUAGGAACUCAAGCCUGCAUAUUAGAAGACAUAUUGAACUUAAACUUUAUUAAAAUCUUGCAACCGACAUCAAUGGGAUUCGUAGUCGUACAAAACUAUAUUCUUCAAUUGGUUUUAUCAAUUUCUUUCGUAUUUACUUAUUCGUACAUUGGACCUAAAUAUCCUAUUGUAAAUAAGUUUGUACCAAUUUCCUUUCUGGCACCUUCAAUUCUUGCUAUUCUACCUGCAUCAAGUUCUCUUUUGAAUCAUUCGCCAGUGUUUGCUGCUCUUCUACCUUUAGCCAUGGUCAAAUAUGUUUUAUGCUACAGUGCCAUACCUGUUGUACAAACAAUCUAUAGUGGAUACCAACAUUCUAGAAACAUAAUAAAUAAUUUCGGUUUGUCAGCAUUGAUUGAAGCGGAAUGGUUAAGGCUGAAUAUACCUUGCAUAUUAAGAACAUUUUGGUUAAUAAGAGUUGCCGAACAUGCAAUGAUAUUACUUAUCGAACACUAUCAAUCGAAAAAUGUAGAUGAAUCCACAGUUCAUUCGAAUUUCCUAGCAAUAUCAGCUCUUUUAUUAAUGUGUAAAAGUUUGUUAAUAAGUGGUUGUGAAUCUCUGACAGCUCUUUUAGGCAUGACAUCAGUUGUUAGUUAUAUUUGCUAUUAUAUUUGCUGCUUUUUUCAAUGGAUUUUAUUAACAGAAGACGAAGAUGAUAAAAGUAUCGGCGUCGUUUCCGCCAUUUUAUUUUACGUUUUGGCAUUACAGUCUGGGCUGACAUCUCUUGAUCCUGAAAAAAGAUUUAUAAGAUUAGCUAAAAAUUUUUGCUUGCUAUGCACAGCAGUUUUACACUUUAUUCACAAUAUAGUUAACCCUUUAUUAUUAUCAUUAAGUGCUAGUUAUAAUCCAAGUUUGCACAGACAUCUGAGAGCAUUGGCAGUUUGUGGUUUUUUAAUUUGUUUUCCCCUUAGUCUUUUAUAUUAUUUAUGGUCACAAAACAUAAGUAAAAGUUGGCUGUUGGCAGUGAGCGCUUUCAGCAUCGAGGCAAUCAUAAAGGUACUGGUAUCGUUGGCACUUUACACAUUGUUUUUAAUAGAUGCUUACCGGAGUACCUUUUGGGAAAAGUUGGACGAUUACGUUUACUACAUAAGAGCACUAGGAAACACGGUUGAAUUUUGUUUCGGAAUAUUUCUUUUCCUCAACGGAGCUUGGAUAUUAGUAUUUGAAGCUGGUGGAGCCAUAAGAGCAGUCACAAUGUGCAUACACGCAUAUUUCAACAUAUGGUGCGAAGCUAAAGCAGGUUGGAGUUCUUUCAUAAAAAGAAGAACGGCAGUAAGUAAGAUAAACUUAUUGCCAGAAGCAAGAGAAGAUCAACUCACCGAGCUCGACGAUUUGUGCGCCAUUUGCUUUCAAGAAAUGAAAAGCGCCAAAAUCACGAGAUGCAAUCAUUUCUUUCAUGGCGUCUGCCUUAGAAAAUGGCUGUACGUCCAAGAUAGGUGUCCAUUAUGUCACGAUAUACUUUAUAAAACUGAAGCAGAAAGGAAAAGCGAAUCUGCAGCGGUUGCACAAAUAGCAUCGCCCAACGAAAACAUCCAUAACGAAGAAGUUGCAAGGCAAAUGAAUGAUAAUCAAAUGUAUUUCGAUCAAUUUUAA